CUUCGCCGAUUUUUAAUGUUAGAAUGUUGUUAACAUUUUAAUGGUGAAAGAGUCUACAUCUUACACAAUAAUCUCCUGUGACUUUAGCAUCCCCGCAACCUUUCAUGCGGCGUAAUCAAUUCCUGUAUUACAAUGAGGUGAAAUCCUCAUUCUUAGUAAAUAUACCCCAAAAUUGAAAUGUUUAUACAAAAGUCUAUAAUCACAAAAAUGUUAACAGAAAUAUGGAUACUAACCAUUAUAUGAGGUAUAAUAUUUAAAGAAAACAAAUACUGAGAAUAAAUAUGAUAAUUUGGUAGACUUUAAUGAAUAAAUUGCUCACUGAAGGCCACCAUGUAAGCAUCCAAAUUGUCAUUUUCCACUAAUUCCUAUGUUCCGCUGUUUUUUGCAGACAUUCUUAAGGUUUAUCCCAAAGUGUUACAUUUUACUUUCUCUCAGAUCUACCUUCUGUUUAAACCUGGAAGCUGGAAUUUAAGUGAAUAUGUGUGGAAAUGAGAGAAACAUAUGUGAUGUUUUCAAUGUGUCUGUGUUUUGUUUAUUGGGGCAGGGGUGUUCCCUAGCACACAAAGGAUAUUUUAGAGGCUUGGUGAGAGGCUUUGUUCCCUGAGGCGGAACAACUUUUACAAACGAAUUGCGUACAUAUCUCUUGGCGAAUAAAAGAGAACAAUGUAACUCAAAAGGCACAUGUUGCUUUACCAGUGGACUAAUGUGGUACAGUGAGUUAACAGUUUGUCAACAGUUUAACUGUCAGAGAAGUCACAUAUGGCUUGAAAUGACUGGUUUUGUAUCAUUAUCUGGGCUUGAUUCUUUACCAAAAGUCUUUUUAAUUAAAAUAUCUCAUACUGGCAAUCUCUUAAAACUCUUAGUGGUAUCGACAGCAGAGUAAUGUAAGGUAGGUGUAUUUUCCUUCUCUUUUUUUAUUAAAACAAGAUGGUGUGACAAUAACAGAUGUUCUCAUCCGGUCAGCUAUCUUUUCUCAAUUCUCCCUGGAGAUGCUUUAGAGCAGAGCUGUAACACCAUUGACAUUGAGGCACUGUAGACAAAUUUAUCCUGUAGUCAGAUUAGUGCUAGAUAUGGUUUUUACUUGAUAUGCAAAUGUAACUUUUUACUAACAAAAUUCUCGAAUUUUUACAAUUAUUUCUAAAACGCAUCACAUUUGUUAUGCUAAUUCUUCUGUGUGAUGAACAUACUGAAAUUAUGAAAUAUGUUUUUAUUUCCUGACAAUACACUAAGAAAAUGAAAGCAUUACCCUUAUUUGAAUUUGAGAGUUUUUACAAGCAAUUUAAUUUAAAAUAAGUCAGUUUCAUUCAGCCAACAUAAUUUAGUUGGAUUAGGUCAACCAACGUUUUAGAUUAGUAAUAGUCAAACUAAAUUGACAAAUGUUUAAUUUAAUGACAUUAUGUUGAUCCAACUUUAUUUUAUUAAUCAUUAGUACUGUAUAUGUCAGGUUGGCAAGUUUAAAGUCAGUGAAACUGUUGCUCAGUCAAGUUGAUAGCAACUGAUUAUAAAUUUACGCAUUUCUUAAAGUGAAAGCACACCCGCCAAUCUUCACCAUAAUGGUAACACCCAAAGCUCCAGCCUAACAGACUCUCUUUAAAUACCAUAUAACAGCACAUUAAACUUUAACAAAUCUCCUAUUCUCAUCGUGCUCGAAAAUGCAUAAAAUAACACUUAAUUUCAACAUUUAUUCACCUCAUCUAGUCCCAUGCAAAGCAUGUUGGGAAAUGGAAAUCCCCUGCCCAGUUUCAUAAAUGCUUCAAAAAGUGUUAAUGUAGUCCAAACACAAAUGGAUUAAGUAAACUUAAAUUGUAUGUAAUUGGAUAAAACAAAAUGUUCAAGAAUUAUGUUGCUAUAGUUCAUUUUAAUUAAGUAAACUGAACAACCUUGGUUUGGAACAAUGUGGGUAAGUAAAUGAUGACAGAAUUUUUAUGUUUGUUGAACUAUUCCUUAAAUUAAAGUGUUUUUUAAGGCAGCAGACCUUCCUGGUCCUGUUCUUUCCUUCUGUUAACAAACCUGACAUGACUUCUGUGCCUCAUUAAUUCAACGAAUCACCUCAAGCUUCAAGAAGGAAGGAGCUCUGAACCGCCAGCAAAGACAUAAAGAGCCCUAGCUCAACUCUAACCCUAACAUGGGUGGAAGUGCUGCCCCCUUUUGGAGUCGGCCCUACCCCCUUCUGGAGUUUCCCCACCCUCUUUUGGAGAUUUUCAGCCUACUUGAAAGCUUCAGGGUGACAAUGCUUCACCACUUCUUAGUCCAUGCAGCUUUUCAGACCAGCAGAUGGCUUCCAAGGGACCAAAGGUUGAAAUUUCAGAUUGUUCUUUUCAUCUUUGUGGUGCUUUUCCUGGCACCACAGUUUUAUGUCUUGACAAGGCCACAAUCCUCUCGUUAUUGUGAAAGGCCACUGUUGAGUAAUCUAAUAGUCUUCAUUGUGUUCUCCUUUACAGCAACAGGUUUGGCUAUAGCUCUUACACUGACUGAUCCAGUUCCCAAGAGUAUCAGGGUAACAUACCACUUAUUUGGGGUGUUCUCAUUCGCAGAGGGACUCAGUACUGCCAUUCUUACCUUGACUGCACCUGAAUGUGCGAACACCACCCCAGAACUGUAUAUAUUUUCUUUGGUAGUCUCUUGGGCUUGCAUAGCAUCAACAGCUUUCUUUCUGGUCAGAGGAGGUUUUUGUCUUAUGUACAGACUUUUUCCCCAUUGUUGAGAUAUACUUAAUCCUGGGGAGAAAUGUGAUCCACUGGGACCUUCAACUGAAACUAAAUACAGGUGCAUCUAUUAUUUAGAUGGUCUCAUGUAUUAGAGAAUGUGGUCAGGUACAGCCACAGGUUAAGAUGGAUUCUGUCCAAUGAUACACCCUUACAGCAUGCAAGGGAUGUGGGGAAAUUACAAUGUAUGUACAGUACUGUGCAAAAGUCAUAGGCAUGUAAGAUGUUUCACAAAAACUUUUGUCUUAAGAUUAUUAUAUAUCUUCAGCUUUAGUGUCAAUAGGAAAUAUACAUUUUAAACUCCUGAUUAUUCCUUUUGCAAACAGAAGAACAAGGAGAACUGCAAUAGAUAGCAUGGCACCCACAGAACAUAGUCUCGGAUUACAUGGAAACAGAAGCAGUUGAGAGAGCCUAAAUAGAUAGAAGAAAUGUUGUGAAUUCUCCAAGAAGCUUGGAACAACCUAUCUUUCAACAACCAAGAAAAACUGUCCAGGUGACCUAUUGGUGCGAUUUUGAAGGCAAAAGCGUUCACACCAAAUAUUGUUGUAGUAAUAAUUACUGGACUUUGACUUUAAUUGAUAAAUGAAAACGUUUUAUUGCAUUAUAUUUUGA